AAACGUUGUACAAGCCACCAAGAGUGUUUUGAACAUCAAUAUUGUUGCCGAGGGCAAGGCUGGUACAGAUACUGUACAAAUCUGCCUAGAUGUUCCAGAUACCGUCGAUGUCCUCAUGGUGCUGUCUGCAAAAGGUAAACAAAGUUACACCUUAAGUACAAGGUGAAGGUUAUCAUUGCGCUGUAGAUUUGAGAAAGGCAAAUUUAGGAUCGGAUGAACAUUACAUACUUUUUCUACAGUACGUCUGAACGUUUGAGGAAACUUACUGAGUGUUAUAAAGGAUGGUUUACACUAUCAAAGUUUCUGUGAUCACAGUAGGAAUUUUGCAUAGGAAAAUUCUAAGUUUUGAAGGAUUUGUAAGAAAUGUUUGAGGAAACUUACUGAGUGUUAUAAAGGAUGGUUUAUACUAUCAAAGUUUCUGUGAUCACAGUAGGAAUUUUGCAAAGGUAAACUCUAAGUUUUAAAGGAUUUGUAAGAAAUGUUUGAGGAAACUUACUGAGUGUUAUAAAGGAUGGUUUACACUAUCAAAGUUUCUGUGAUCACAGUAGGAAUUUUGCAAAGGUAAAUUCUAAGUUUUAAAGGAUUUGUAAGAAAUGUUUGAGGGAACUUACUGAGUGUUAUAAAGGAUGGUUUAUACUAUCAAAGUUUCUGUGAUCACAGUAGGAAUUUUGCAAAGGUAUAUUCUAAGUUUUAAAGGAUUUGUAAGAAAUGUUUGAGGAAACUGACUCAGUGUUUACUGUAACACUAAGUCAGUCCCCUUAAACAUUUCUUAUAAAUCCUUCAAAAAUUAGAAUUUACCUGUGAGGAAUUCCUAUUGUGAUCAGAAAAUCUUUGAUAGUGUUAACCAAGCUUAUAAAUAUUUAACAUGUUGUUUAACUGUUUGCCAAAGAGCCUCUGUACAAUCAGGCCUGCAAAUUAGUGCCGGUCAUCGGACAUUGUCCGGCCAAAUUUUACCUUUUGUCCGAUCAUGACAGGAAAUGUGACCGACCGAUUUAGGCUGGUCAAAUCUCCAAUCUCAAAAAAAUUGUUUGUUUAACACACUUUUUAUUAACUAAACCAACAAGAAAGCAAUAUAGACAGCACUUCUCCGCCAUUUUAAACUUCUCCACUAAGUUUUAGAUGCAUUGUAGUGCGGACUAACAUGACCAGGAAAAAAUACAUGUUAAUUUUCAAAACAAAAUCAGUGAAAAAUUUUACUCUGUCCAUUGUCAAAUUGUCCUUCCAAGUAAGAUAAUUAUUUGCAGGCCUGGACUACAAGGUUUAACAAAGCAAAAUUAUCUUUUUUUCUGCAGCAAUAACAACGUCUAUCAUUACUUUGGUCAAUGUGUUCGCACAGGCACAACAUGUUCAUCUCACAGUGAAUGUGAUCAGUCCACAGAAUGUUGCAGAAACAACCGUUAUUUCAAAUACUGCGCAAAACGACCCCAGGAAGGAGAAAGAUGUUGCCCUAGG